AUGGCAUCCCAACCAAUCGCACUCAUCCUCGGCGCCGGGCCUCGUGUCGGCGCAUCUGUUGCCGCAGCCUUCAAAGGCAAAGGCUACAGCAUCGCGACCGCAUCUCGGUCCGGAACGGGAACCAAGACGUCCGAGGGAUAUCUCUCACUUGCCGCUGACUUUGGCAAUCCCUCUUCGAUCCCAGCGCUAUUUGACUCCGUCAAGGCUACCUUCGGCGCAGCACCUAGUGUUGUUAUUUAUAACGCCGCGGCCCUCACCCCUCCACCGGACAAUGACUCAAUCCUCUCCAUCCCAGCGGAGAACUUCGUGACGGACCUCAACAUCAAUACUGUGAGCCCGUAUGUUGCGGCCCAGAAAGCUGUAGAGGGAUGGGCGACCCUGCCGAGCGAUGUGAAGAAGACGUUCAUUUAUACGGGCAACUCGCUAAAUGUCAAUGUCUUGCCUGUGCCGCUGUACUUGGACCUCGGGGUUGGAAAGCGCGCGAGUACAUAUUGGAUUGCAGCCGCAAAUGAAACAUAUGCGGCCAAGGGAUACAGAUUCCACUACGCGGAUGAACGCGGUCCAGGCGGAGUGAAGGGGAAGGGACCGAAUCUGGAUGGGCCUGCUCAUGGGGAGUUCUAUGCGCAGCUGGCCAGCCAUGAAGGAAAUAUCCCGUGGCAUGCGCCGUUUGUCGCAGGCGAAGGCUAUGGCAAGUUCGAUUGA